AUGGUUUAUGAAAGCGAUUUCUACACAACCCGACGACCCUACACACGCCCGAUUUCAUCUCACUACACCGUGACGGUGAAUAAAUUACCUCACCAUCUGCCUUACAUUGCACACAAGAAGCUCGUCAGUGUUAUCCAUACACCUUAUCCAGUUAUUUUUCAUGCAUACACUGUACCCGUGCCAAUACGAAUUUAUUCGCGAGUAAGACCCAGUGUUAUUGCUGCGGAAUUGCAGAGAAUACGUAAUCAAACACGACCUUCUAGUACCUCUUAUGUGUCCAAGUACCUCAACUCCAGGGACAAUAUUAUGUUUGACGACGAGACUCGAGAAAUUCGUGCUAGAGCUGAUUCAUUACUUCGUCGCAUUCAUGUUUUUGUACCACGACCAGUAUCUAGUGAUUUCGCAGAGACAAUAACACCAGAACGUAUGCGCAGCGAUGAUUACGUAAGACGAGUAUUGACAGCGCGUAAAAACGCUAAAAAAGAUGAUGAGCCAGCUAACUGGUAUGAUUCACCGGAACACCGUCAAUUCGGCAGUGGGCAUUUAGCAUCUGUUUCUUACACCGGAGGUAAACCCCAUUCACGUAGGAGGCCUUACUACAAAGUUACCGAUUUGCGUCCAGCUGACGUUCAAAGUGACGUAAAUCUUCUCAGUUACUACGCAAAGAAUCGUCAGGCUGCGGCCAGUGCUUAUCCUGACGCUCCGCUCACUGAAAGAGAGCUGAGAAAGGCACGUGCAUUGGCUGAAGAUCGAGUUUAUUCGCCUAGAAAAGCAUCACCAGAUCCAGAACCUAUUUCUAAGCCAGAUUUAGCAAGUGUAUAUCAAUCGGAACCUAAAUGGGCUCCUGAACCGAAACCAGUUUCAAAGUUUGUUCGUGAACCUGAACCAGAGCCAGAACCUGAACCAAUUGUGGCUUCUGAACCAGAACCAGAGGUCGUGCCAGAACCGGAACCAAUUGUCGAAGUUAAAACUAAAUCAAAGCGGAAAGUAGCUAAAUCAAAACCUGUAGUAAACACUGAACCAGAAUCAGAACCUGAACCAGUUAAAGUAGAGCCGGUAAUAGCUGAACCAGAACCUGAACCUGUACUAGCUGAGGCAGAACCAGAACUUGCUGUCGCAGAACCAGAGCCUGCUGUUGCGGAACCAGAACCAGAACCAGAAGCAAUACAAGAACAAUUGGUUGAGGCUGAAAUUGAACCGGAACAAGUGAUUCAACCAGAACCUGAACCGGCAGAAAAUGAAGUAGAAUUAGUAGAUAAAGAUGUUGUAAUUGUUGAAGAAAUUACAGAACAAAUGCCUCCAUUAGAAAACGAUGAAGGUGUUCCAGUAGAACAGACUGAAGAAGUUCCAGAGCAAUCAGAUUUUUUGCCUGCAGAAAAAGACGAACAAGAUGACAAUCAAGGAGACGAUGAGGUGCUGCAACGUAAACUCGAUGACGAGGAAUUAAGAAGGCAAGUGGAGGAACUUAAAAGGCAAGCUGAGGAGGAGAAAAGGAGGCAAGCCGAGGAGGCCAGGUUGGCCGAAGAAAGAUGGAAAGCGGAAAUUGAGGAGCGGGCGCGAUUGGAGGAAGAGAAACGUCAGGCGCGGCUCAGAGAAAUCGAGGAACAGGAACGUCUGGAGGCCGAAAGACAAGCUGAAGAAGCGAGACUUGAAGCUGAACGUAUUCGAGAUGCGAAAAUUGCUGAAGAACAAAGACGGGCUGCCGAAGAAGAGGCUAUUCUAGCACUCGAGGAAGAAGAGCGUUAUGCUAUCGAGAAAGCUGCUGAAGAAGCUCGUAAGAGACAAGAGCGUGAAGAAAAAUUGGUGUCAGAAGUUGAUCUUGCGGCAGCAGAUGAUGCUGUAGCUGCUGAAUCGAGUGUAGAUGAGUGCCAUUGUCAUGACGAUGUUAACUCACAUGAUCAUGAGGAAAGACCGGACAGUCCAGAUGCUGAUGAUGAUACUCACAUCGAAGAAGAAGCUGCUUGUAUAUCGACAGAUCACGAUGAUUUGAGCGAACAGCCCUACGACGGAGAACAUGAAGGCUUCAACAGUGUAAACGAAUUGGACACACCAGUGGAGAACGAUGUACGGGUUGAAGAAGAAACAAACACAGAAGACGAUGAUGAUGAGGAGGAGGCGGCUUAA